UUGAUUCACUUUAAUCCACCACGCGGCUGUCUUCAGCCUUUCACUAAUGUACUAUAAUAUGGAAAGUGAAAUUUAGAAUUUUCCUUCCCUUUAUCUUAAAUGGUCCUUUGUUUUACCCUCCAUCAUUGCAAUUGCAAUAUGCAUAUGCUCAUCUAUUCCAAUCCCAAUUAUCGCCACUUUCUCCAUAUAUAGACUAUAGCUAUUGUUGCUGCAUUAACCAACAAUAUUCCAUUUCUCUGAAUUCCAAGUUCAUCACUCUCAAUAAAAGCAUAUGGCGGAAUCCGCCGACACCAAAAAGGUAAUCGAUCCCCGGGUGGAAAUCGACACUUCGCCGCCGUUCGAGUCGGUCAAGGAGGCUGUCGACCACUUCGGCGGCAGCGGCCCUUGGAUUCCUCAUCACUUACCCAAUCAGAAGAAUGAGGCGUUCGAUGUGGAGAAGAUAGAGGAAGAGGCAGUACGACUGGAGAGGGAUCUGAUAAUGAAAGAGCAGCAAACACUGAACGUGUUGAAAGAGCUGGAAGCAGCAAAGAGCUUCGUCCAAGGCCUGAAACUCAAUCUCAUCCCCGAGCUCGACGUCGCGUGGCCGUCGCCUGGCCUCAUGUUCAGCGAGCUCAACCAGGCGAAGCUCAACCUUAGCAAAACGUCGGUUGAUCUCGCUGCAAUUCAAGCCUCCGUUGAGUCCCUCAACAAGAAUCUAAGAAAAGAUAAAAUUUUGCUUCACAGGGCAAGCAAGAUGCAGCUGCAAGAGACCCACCAUCACGUCUCUCUAACCGUGUCGUCGAGCAAGCAAAGCAUAGGCUUCGAGGCAGAGCAGUACAAGAAGAUGACGGAGGCGUCGAGGUACGAGGUGAUGGAGGCGAUGGCCGAGAUAGAGCGCACCAAGGACUGCAUCCGGAUGGCCGAGAUGAGGCUCAACGCGGCCAAGAAGAUGGAGGAGGCGGCUAAGGCCGUCGAGGCCAUCGCCCUCGCUCGAACCAAUGCCAAUCAAGGAGAUGGGAUCACGCUCUCCUUCGAGGAAUACAAGGCUCUGUCUCAAAAGGCCAAGCAGGCCGAUCAGCUCUGCACCACCAAAUUCAUCGACACACCUUCUCAUCACCUGGAGGUCCCGGUGCUCGAGAAGUUCGAGGAUGAGAACAACGUGGUGGUGGAGGAUAGCUUCGCCAAGUUCAAGUUCAGGAACUCGCAGAAGCCUGCUUCGAUCGGGGACGUGCUGAGUAGUAGCAGGAAGGUGAUUGUGCGAGACGACGUGGUGGUGGAGAAUCAGUCGGAGAAGCAGCAUGUGUCGUUGAGCCAGAUGCUGAGGGAGCAGAGCAGGCUCAUUCUGCAUCCCAAUAAAACUGCAGGAGAAGGGAAUGUGCAGAAGCAAUACUUCAUGCAGAGGAAGAAAUUUGGGUUUAUUCAAGUGCCCAUUCCCACCAAGCAAAGCAAGAAAAAGUCACCAGCCUCUUAGCAUCUUACUACUAUUGUGUUAUAUAAAAUUGUUUGUAUUGUGUAUUGGAGAUGAUACUCCUCCCUUUUUUCUAUUUUUACCAAUUAUUGGGAUUGUGUUGGCCCAACAUUGGCCAUUUUAAAUAAUGGACCUGUUGGGAUUGUGUUGACCCAACAUUGACCUCGGCCCAAAUGAAAAAGGUCCACUCCUUACCUUUUGUCUA